AUGUCAAUAGCUAAUUCGUCUAAAAUAUUUAUAGGAAGUAUUCCCAAAGAUGUUACCGAGGAUGAACUAAAAACAGAAGUGGCAAAGUAUGGGAAUGUAGUUCAAGUAUAUUAUGUACCCGCUACUGCUCAAAGCCCAAGAGGCUGGGCAUUUAUUACUUAUGAACAAAGAUCAGAAGCAUAUAAAGCAAUCGAAUCUUUAGAUUACAAAUGCAUAUUUCCAAAUAGCCAGAGGCCACUAGAUGUGCGUUUUGCAAGUUAUAAACACAAUAAUACAAAUGAUAUGCAAGUAAAUUCUAUUAAUAAAAAUAUAUGGCAAAAGCAUGUAACAUCUGAUGGCCAUCCAUAUUAUUACAAUUCUGUAACUGGCCACUCUCAAUGGGAAAAACCAAAAGAAAUAACUCCAGUCAAUUACCCCGUCAAAAAUACAGUUGCUUCUUUUGGCCCACCUGGGGCUAAUGUUUUUGUAUUCCAUUUACCAUCCCACUGGACCGACAUGGAACUAUAUCAGCAUUUUCAACAUUUUGGAUACGUAGUAAGUGCACGAAUACAGAGAGAUGCAAAUGGAAGAAAUAAAGGAUAUGGUUUUGUCAGUUUUAAUAACCCUGAAUCAGCAUUAAAUGCUAUAAAAGGUAUGCAUGGAUUUUAUGUUUCAGGAAAACAUUUGAAAGUACAAUUAAAAAAAGGUGAAGAACAUUAUAUUCAAUUAAAUUCACCAGCCCAGCCACAAUUAACACCUGCACAACCAUAUACAGUUCAACAGCCUAUAAUGGGAAACCAUCCACAACCAUAUAUGACACAUUUAAUGUAUGGAGGUAUGGAUUCUCCAAAUCAAAUAAGAUAUAAUAAUUAUUCGUUAAGUAGAUAA